AAUCUUUAUUGUCACAAUCCAUACUUUCACAAAAAUCGAGCUGUCAAUCAAAAUAAUAGAAAGUAGCAAAUAAAAACUUUCAAAUGAACAUUGCGAUCUGAAGUAAAAUUUACCCACUCCCACCUAAAAUAUGGCAGUCUGAUCAGGACGUACGCAGUUAAUUGAAUUAGAAGAAACCAGAGUCUGAUCAGGAAGUCUGCAGUUAACUGAAGUUGAAGAAAACAGAAUCCAAUCAGGACGUCCGCAAUUAAUUAAAGUUGGAAAAAACCACGGCCUGCUUUAAAAAAAGAGGAGAAAAGCGAUUUCGAUGCAGGAGUGUAAAUAAAUUGACGGUUUGACGGGCUUUUCUUGACGGUGCUAAUGAUUGAAAACCGUUCCUUGUUGUAGGUAAGCUAUCGAAACGUGAGGUCAGAGACCCUGUUGUAGCUUGCAUUUUAAUUUUUGCGGUUGGGUUGAGGUGGGUGGUAAUCGUGUGGCCUAUUUUUGGCCCGUUUUGGUCUGAAAUCUUGCAAGUUCUGAAGUGAGGAUUACUUGAUUUGAUCAGAUCGGAUCUGUUCUGAUCAGAAUUGAGUUGGGUUGAAUUGCAACUCAGUAGUUAAGAUGGCUGAAGGCAAGGCUUCCACAAUUAUCAUGAUUUUCGUCUUUGUUGUUGAUGUUAUUGCAUUUUCGCUUGCUGUCGCUGCAGAGCAGAGGAGAAGUACUGCACAGGUGGUUCCAGACAAUAAUAGUGAAUACACUUACUGUCAGUAUGAUUCUGACAUAGCAACUGGCUUUGGAGUGGGAUCAUUUCUGUUUCUCUUUCUCAGCCAGGCGCUGCUAAUGGCUGUCACACGGUGUCUAUGCUGUGGAAAGUCUCUUAGGCCAGGAGGAUCUCGUGCAUGGUCUAUUGUUUUGUUCAUUGCAACCUGGUUAACAUUUAUAAUUGCAGAAGCUUGCUUUGUUGGUGGAGCUGCUAGAAAUGCCUAUCAUACCAAAUACAGGGCUAUCUAUAAAGUAACUGAUCAGCCUUGUGAUACACUGCGAAAGGGGGUAUUUGCAGCAGGUGCAGCCUUUACAGUCUUCACCUUUAUCCUGAGUGAGCUGUACUAUAUGAGUUUUGCUAAGGCUCAGGAAGGUGGAUGGGCACCAUAUGGUAGAGAAUCUGCUAUUGGAAUGAGUAGCUAUGCUUAGAAGGCAGACAUUGUUGGAUAUUAUUCUAAUUAGUGACUUUAUUCCUUCCCUGUAGGAUAGCAGGCGACUCUCGCUUCAGUACUUAACGAUUGUUUUUGGGUGGCACUAGGAAAUAUAAUACGAGAAUUAUGUAGCAAAUGAUUUCAGACACAAUUGAAUAAGAUAAAUGUAUUAUUUAUUUGUA